UAAAAGGAACAACUACCAUAAUACCGAAAAUACCCCCGAGUUGUUGUACGAAAAAAGAAGAAGAGAAAAAUCCAAAAACUAACCAAAAAAAAUAAAAUUAAAAAAAUAAAAUUGAGUCUUCGUCUUCUUUCUCUCUCAUCAUCGUACAAACUCGAAAAUUGGAAAUUAGAAACCCUAGUAAGAAAGCAAACCACCUCAAAAAAAUCUCAAAUAUCAAAUCCCUAAUCCUAAAUUUCUUCCCCAAAAAAUCUGAUAUUCAUUUUCAAAAUCAAAAUUCAGCUGGACGAAAAAAAAUGCAAUCGGAUUUAAAAGUGAGGUGGUAACAGAUCGAAUGAUGGUAAACCUAACGAAAAUUGAGAAUUACAACGGCGAUUUUAUGGGACGACAAACAUGCCUGAGCUUCAAAGAGGGGAAAAACGACGUCGUACUUCAUUGAAGAAGAAGAAAUCAAAUCAUUUGGUUGGUAAUCAGGUUCGAACUCGCGCCGCGGUUGCAAGAGAAACAGCAGCGACAGUAGCUGGGAAGAAAGUUGUUGAGGAGAGAGAAAAAUUUGUUGUGGAUCCUCCUAGAACACGUUUAGCAGUGAAGAAGGCAAAACAAAAGGAAGAAACAACAAAUAAUAUUGUUGUUACUACUACUAAUAAUAAUAUUAAGAAUAGUAAUAAGGUUGUUAGUAAAGUUCCUGUGAUUGUGAUAUCGGAGAGAGAAUCUGAGUCAAAGGAGAGAGAAUCUGAGUCAAAGGAGAGAGAAUUAGAGGAAGAAGAAGAAGAGGAAGAAGAAGAAGAGGAAGAGGAAGAGGAAGAGGAAGAAGAAAUGUUGGGAGAUGAUAGUGGUGGGUUAAGUGCUAAUAAUAAAGCUACUGGACAGGAUGAUGAUGGGAAUAAAUCCCCUUUUCCUGAAAGGGUUCAAGUGGGUGGUUCACCGUUGUAUAAGGUGGAAAGGAAACUAGGGAAAGGUGGGUUUGGUCAGGUGUUUGUAGGACGCCGUGUUAACGGUGGGAAUGAACGUGCCACCGGUUCCGGGGCUUUGGAGGUGGCUUUGAAGUUUGAGCAUAAGAACAGCAAAGGUUGCAAUUAUGGCCCUCCAUAUGAGUGGCAAGUGUAUAAUACUCUUGGUGGUAGCCAUGGGGUCCCUAAGGUGCAUUACAAAGGGAAGCAAGGAGAGUACUAUGUAAUGGUUAUGGACAUGCUUGGACCAAGCUUAUGGGAUGUAUGGAAUUCUUCUGGGCAGUCGAUGUCCGUUGAAAUGGUUGCCUGUAUAGCAGUUGAAUCACUAUCGAUUCUUGAGAAGAUGCAUUCUAGAGGUUAUGUGCAUGGAGAUGUGAAGCCAGAAAACUUUUUACUUGGUCAGCCUUCUACUUCACAGGAGAAGAAGUUGUUUCUCGUUGACCUUGGACUAGCAACAAAAUGGAGGGAUACUUCUAGUGGGAAGCAUGUUGAUUAUGAUCAGCGUCCUGAUAUGUUCAGAGGAACAGUUCGAUAUGCAAGUGUCCAUGCCCACCUUGGUAGAACAGCCAGCAGAAGAGAUGACUUAGAGUCUCUUGCAUAUACACUCAUUUUUCUUCUAAAGGGACGGUUACCUUGGCAAGGCUAUCAGGGUGAUAACAAAUCAUUUCUGGUGUGCAAAAAGAAGAUGGGAACCUCACCCGAUGUUCUGUGUUGUUUCUGCCCGCCGCCUCUUAAACAAUUUGUUGAGAUAGUUGUGAAUAUGAAAUUUGAUGAAGAGCCCAGCUAUUCUAAAUUAAUUUCAUUGUUUGAUGGGUUGAUUGGACCAAACCCAUCUAUAAGACCAAUUAACACCGAUGGUGCUCAGAAGGUUGGACAAAAGCGUGGUAGGCUAAAUGCUGAUGAAGAAGAUGAUGGGCAAGCCAAGAAGAAGGUCCGCUUGGGUGUUCCAGCUACUCAGUGGAUUUCAGUUUAUAAUGCACGGUCACCAAUGAAGCAGAGGUACCAUUACAAUGUUGCUGAUGCUCGAUUGGCACAGCAUGUUGAAAGAGGUAAUGCUGAUGGUUUGCUUAUAAGCUCUGUGUCAUCCUGUUCCAAUCUGUGGGCAUUAAUUAUGGAUGCGGGCACUGGCUUCACACAUCAAAUUUAUGAGUUAUCAUCUCAGUUCUUGCACAAGGAAUGGAUCAUGGAACAAUGGGAGAAGAACUUUUACAUCAGUUCUGUUGCUGGUGCUAACAACGGUAGCUCCCUUGUGGUGAUGUCGAAAGGCACUCAAUACACUCAACAAUCUUACAAAGUGAGUGAUGCCUUUCCCUUCAAGUGGAUAAAUAAGAAAUGGAGAGAAGGAUUUCAUGUCACGUCAAUGGCUACUGCUGGAACCAGAUGGGGUGUUGUCAUGUCCCGUAAUGCUGGUUUUAGUGAUCAGGUCGUAGAGCUAGACUUUUUGUACCCAAGUGAGGGCAUUCACAAGCGCUGGGACAGUGGUUACCGAAUUACAUCAACAGCUGCCAAUAUUGAUCAAUCUGCACUUGUCUUGAGUGUGCCAAAGCGCAGACCGGGUGAUGAAACUCAGGAAACAUUGAGGACCUCUCAAUUUCCAAGCACACAUGUUAAGGACAAAUGGGCGAAGAAUUUGUAUCUUGCGUGUCUCUGUUACGGUAGAACCGUGUCAUGAUAUCUGUGUAAUUAGCAAGUUGUAACAGAAUAUAUGAACGGAAAACAGGAUACGGGCCUUCCUUCUCAUCUGUUGGCUCGUUUGUUAUGUAAGGGAAUAGGGAGUCAAGUUAGGGAACUUAGUUUCCUGCGCAAGUCUGUGUGAAACAGGUUCCUAUGUUGUAUACUUGUAUUGGUAUUUGUCACCACUGGUGAGCUCCUCUGUCAAGUACUAUUUAUGAAGUGGUGCUAUUUAUGUUAA